UAAAGCAAGCCGAGCAAUCGACGUAUCUCGCAUUCUUUGCUCAGGUGUGCCUCGUUCCGCACAGAUCAUCGAGCUCGCUCCCUCCUGCACGCUCUCGCUUUCCUCCCUCAGCUCGAGCUGUUGUUGCUUUAUCUUACCCUAGCAAGUUGCCUUCUCUCCUUCAACGACCCCAUAGUGCGUGCUGUGCGUGUGUGUUGCGUACUUCCUCCGGUCUAAUUCCCAUCCAGCAAGCAGCGCUCGGCGCUACAUUAUCCGGCUAGUUGCACUUCGUCGAUCGCAUAGUAGCCGGAGGAGCCAAGUCCAGCCGGGAGGGAGCAUUGGUUCCGUUGCAGUCAAGCCUUGAAUCGAAGCUCACAUUGGGUGAUCUUCCCUCAAAUCCACACUUCUCUCACUCUUCAGUCGCCAUGGGCAAGGGAGGUUCUCUGUCGUUCAACGCACAGGCAAAGGCGGCUCCAAGCAGCAUCGCCGCGCUAGAAAUCGAUCCGAACCUGAUGUGCGAGCGGCCUCGCAUUCUCUCGGUCCUGGCGGCAAUUUUCGACCAGAUCGUCGAGCGAAACGAAGCCAAUCAGGCCAAGGAUGGCGAGGAGAAGCUGACCGUUUUUCACGGGCUGCGCGCUCCGGCCAUCGGGAUCGACAAGUACAUGGAGCGGAUAUUUAAGUACGCGAAUUGCAGCCCCGCGUGCUUCGUGCUGGCGUAUAUAUACGUGGAGAAGAUGGUGGAGCGACAUGAUGACAUGGUGGUGACGUCACUGAACGUGCAUCGCCUGCUCAUCACUUCCGUCAUGGUCGCCGCGAAGUUUCUCGAUGACUCGUACUUCAAUAAUGCGUACUACGCCAAGGUGGGCGGUGUCACAACGGCCGAGAUGAAUCGUCUAGAGAUGGAGCUACUGUUCCGCAUGGACUUCCGCAUGAACGUUACAACUGACGUUUUCUUCGCGUACUGCAAGAAACUUGAAACGGAGCUCUGGCAGCCGGAGGUCGACUUUAAUGCAGCUUCUAUCAUUGACAUGCCAGCACUGACUAUGUUCAAGGGUGCCCAUGGCAAUGUGGCUCGUACGCACCCGUACGAGUGUCAAGCAGAGUACGAGAAGGGCGUACGGACACCGCCGCGGGAAAUGGAGUCCUAUCGGUACCCUGGUGUAACGGCUAGGGUAUUGCCAGAGUCGCCAUGAGUCCCUGACGGGGUGCCAGUUUCAUCUGGCAUUCAUCUGACCGUCACUGACACUGACUGUACUAACACCCGAGCUUGCCUGCUGCUAGCUCACUCCUAAAAUGCGUGCUUUCGUGUGUUUCUGCUUACUGCGUGGGCUUGUAGUAUGUGAUUUUAGCAGUGUUUUCCUCAACGCGUUUCUUUUAUUUCAUCACG